AUGCAUCCACGACCAGAACAUCUUUCUCCAACACUCAAUCACAAUCACAGACUCAAACUCAAGCAACCAGCUACUACCAGCAGAAUGCUCGCCCGCACCAUCCUCGCCACCCUCGUCAGCGCCGCCUGCUUCGCGACCGUCAACGCGCAGACCUGCAGCGCUACCAACGCGGUAUGCUGCCAGCAGCUCCAGGACCCGGAUAACCUUAAUGCCGAUGCCUUGAACCUGCUCCGACUGUUGAACAUAAACCCUAAUACCUUGACUGGCGCUGUUGGUUUGACCUGUAAACGUCUGACUGAAGCCUGUUUUGCGUGUCUUUUGCUAACGCGCCCAGGCACCAGUCUUGUCAGCGGUAGCUGCAAUGCGAAUGCUGCGUGCUGCACGGGCAAUAACUACAACGGACUCAUUGUUCUGGGCUGCACCCAGAUCCAGGUGUAG